AUGGCAUCUUCAAAUCUACCGAUCAUUCUUUUCCACUAUCCCUUUUCACCUUAUGCGCGACGUAUUGUGUGGUAUCUUACCUUGCGCUCGAUCCCAUACACAGAAUGUAUCCAACCAUUCAUCCUCCCACGUCCCGAUCUUGCGGCACUGGGCAUUGCCUAUAGACGUAUUCCGCUUCUCAGCAUUGGCCGAGACGUCUACGCAGACACUCGUCUGAUCUUGUCCAAGCUGGAAGAGCUGUAUCCGCCAUCUCCCGCCCACCCAGCCAUCGCGGCCUCGACGGCCGACGGUCGUGCCAUUGAGCGCCUGAUCUCGCGUGCCUGGAUCGACGGCGGUGUUUUCGCGGCCGCAGCUAGCUCUAUGCCGCCUACUCUCCCCGUGAUGAGGGACCCCAAGUUCCUGUCGGACCGCGCCGAUCUCGUGGGAUUGCCAAAGGGCGCCCCAUCGCCCUUUGCCGCGGCGGCGCUUGAGGCGCGGCGGCCCGAGGCGUUAGCACAGCUUCACGACACGGUGGAGCUGCUCGAGGCGACACUACUUGCCGACGGCAGAGACUGGAUCUUGAAGACUGAGGGCCCGGGUCUGGCCGAUAUCGAAGCUGUCUGGCCGUUUCAUUGGCUUUCUGGCAUGCCGGGAGCCCUGCCUGAAGACGUCGUGGGACCCAGCAAGUUUCCCAGAGUGUUCGCGUGGAUCAAGAGAUUCGAAAAGGCCACGAACGCCAGACUCAAGGAGGUUGGUAAACCCAAGAAGGUUAAGGGUGACGAUGCGGCAAAGAUUAUCACGGGCUCUGGCUUUGUUGAGCAGGAAGGAGGUGUAGAUGGAAAUGAAUUGGUCGCCAAGGCCCAGGGCUUCAAGACAGGCGAUAGUGUCAAAGUUUGGCCAAUAGAUUCUGGCUCUACGCAUAAGGAUACGGGAAAGUUGGUAACAUUCACGAGUACAGAGGUUGUCAUCGAGACACAAGGCAAGGCUGGGAGUGUGAGGUUACACGCACCCAGACAUGGGUUCAGAAUAACAAAGGCCGAAAAAGGCAAGUUGUGA